AUGCCGGCGGAAGGGUCGCUGAAGAGUUCUGGCUCUGCCAGCAGCCAGCGAACACAACCGCCCAUCAUUGCUUUUACUGCUUCAGCAGUAGCUGUCAUCUUUUUUGGAUCCACUUUCGUACCAGUAAAGAAAUUCGACGUCGGGGAUGGGAUGUUCUUCCAGUGGGUUCUGUGUUUUGCCAUCUGGACAGUAGGUGCAAUUGUUCACUUCAUCCAGAGAUCCCCUAUAUUUUGGCACCUUGCUAUGGUUGGUGGCUUUUUAUGGGCUACAGGUAACAUCAUGGUUGUCCCAAUUGUAAAAACCAUUGGACUAGCCCUUGGUCUCUUACUCUGGGCUUCCUUUAACAUGCUUACUGGCUGGGCCAUCUCAAGGUUUGGUUGGUUUGGACUUGACCCAGAACCAGUUCAAAACCCCAUCCUAAGCUAUGUUGGAGUUGCACUUUCAGUGAUCAGCAUCAUCAUGUUCCUGUUCAUAACAACGGAUGACCAGAGUUCACAACCUACAGAAGAAUGUGAUCAAAUCAACGCCUGUGAACGUGGCCUUCGUCGACAGCCAGUCAAAGCAGAUGAGAAAGGAACUGAUAACAAAAACGACGAAUCAUGGGUGCAGAGUCUUUCUCCUCUGCAAAAGAAAGUUCUUGGCUGCUCUCUGGCUAUCAUCGCAGGGAUAUUGUACGGCUCUAGUUUUGUUCCUGUCCUUUAUAUCAAGACUCAGGGCAAAAAGAAUACACCAGGCUAUGAAGGAGCCAGUCAGAAUGAUUUAGAUUAUGUCCCUGCACAAUGUGUUGGCAUUUUUGUUGCUAGUACCAUCUACUUUUUUAUUUAUUGCGUAGCAAUGAAUAAGCGUGGUAAAGUUUAUCCUGAAACCAUAAUUCCAGGUUUACUUUCUGGUGCAUUGUUGGCUUCGGCAAGUUGUGGCUGGUCAGUUGCAAAUCGUUACCUCACUUCUGUGGUCAGUUUCCCCAUAAUCACCGCUGGUCCUGGCUUUAUUGCUGCAGUGUGGGGCGUUCUGAUGUUCAAAGAAGUGAAGGGACUGAAAAACUAUGUGUUGCUCAUAGUAGGAUUUUGUUUCAUUUUGGCUGGAUCGCUUGCAAUUGUAUUUUCUAAAGCCUGAAGAUAACAUCGCUUGAACCAGCAGAUGACACCACCGAUUAAUAACUU